UGUCUUGGCAGUUUUUAUUACUUUUUAUGAAAUGCUCUUGUUUUCUGGAAAUUUUUGAACUGCAGUCUCAGAGAUGUUCAGCCAAAAGUAGAAAAAGCCAUCCUCCAGUUUAAAGACUUAACCAAAUUAGCAGUUUAGUCCAAUUUGGUAUUUUGUUUAAUAUAUAAUUGGAUCUCUGUGAUAGCAUGCACAUGUUAGACGUUCACAAUCAUAGGUCUUUGGUGUGUGUUUUGAAUGACAGCUGAUUUGGAUGGAUAUACUCUGAAUUAUGAGAGUUAUUGGCCCUAAUUCACUCCAAGAUGAAUAAUGCAGUACUGACAGGCCCAAAGCGUAAGCAUAGGUUCCAAAUGGUUACACAGAAAUAAACCAAAUGCAAUAUUUCACACAGCCAGAGGUGAUCUCAACUGUGCUCUGUGUGCUUUUGAAAACAGAACUAUUUACAAAAAACAAAAUGACUGAGCGAAACUGCUUGACAGACCAAGGGCAGCAUCUUAACAAACAAAAUAAAUAAAUAAAUUAUUUAGUGAUCUUUAUGAGCUGAAAUGUAAAAGACCUUAAGAGGUAAUAGAGCCUAUCAAAUAUUAUCGAAUGCAAAAAAAAAAAAGUACAGCUUGGUUAUAAUUAUCAUGGUAAAAUGUUUUAAUUUGUCACAUCUUGAUGGCUACAUUUCUAAGAAAUAUGCCACAUUUGGAGAGCAAUAAAUUACCUUUUAUUUUUUAUUUAUUUAAUCUUUUUCUGAAUUCUGUGUUUUAGGACAUGACUGCAUAUUUUCAGGACAAACAUUGGUAAAAAAAAAUAAACUGCACACAAAAUACUCAAAUGGAUUUUAAAGGGUCCUAAAAAUAAAUGCAACAGGUUGUUAAAAGAUUAACCUUAUAUGACCAUCUGAACAUAUGGUUCUCAAACUGUGGUACAACUACCACUGUUGGUACGUGGGCUACCUUAUCACCAUAGAUUUGUUGAAAAGUAAGUAAAUCCUCACAGGGUGUAAUGCUAACAGCUAGAACAACAAACAUAUUCUUGCAAAUUAAAACAGCUCAAACUGAAAAUGCUAAUACUCACAGCAUACUGAUGCACUAUAUAAGUGGAUAUAAAAAAAACGACUGUACUUUUAUAAGAACUUGUUAAGUCUGUCGCUGUCUUCUCAGCUGAACAACGUCCGAGUUGCUAAGCUAAAAUUAUGCUGUUGGAGGAUGCUUUUAGAUUUUGUGCAGUGACAUCAAAGAUGGCAUGUUUACAGUAUUUUCCAGGUCUCGUACUAGUUGCGAAAUUAUCCCAGCGGAUUGGUACAGGUGGACGCUUCCAUAAACACAUUUCUUGUGUAGGAAUUCCAGAGUUGUUCGACUGAGAAAAUGCAGACAAACUUAAAAGCUGUCUUGUUCCUAAGUGCAAACAUUUAAUAUCUGCUAAUGUGAUAUUAUAUCUUAUAAGUAUAAAUAUUUUAAGUUUGAGUGUAUUGCUAAAUAUUUGCUAAAAAUGGCUCCACCUUCCACUGAUCAAACUGUCCCUUUAAUUUAGUGGAUUGCCAUAUUGGAUUUUGCGUCUGAGUUGGUGAGAAACGUCCACCUUUUAUACUUGGUAAUAAAAAGACAUUCCUGUUUUUUCCCCCCAACUUGGACCCUUGGAAACUCGACUAUAUUGGUUCCAUUUGGACUGAGAUCAAAUCACAUAAACAUUUUGUGGCACUGAAUAAAAAGGUGUGUGUGUUUAUGGGAAUACACAAAACACUGGAAAACUUUAAAAUAUGUUCUAAUGUUAUUUUGGAAACCAGUGUUUACAGAGGUGGUCCUUGUAAUAAAAAGCAUGAGAACCAUUUCACGCUAUGGCUCCUCUGGGUCUCUGAACGCAACAUCAAUCCGGUUCCUGGAGAGUCCGCUCCGGUUCUUUCUCUGAUCCCACCGGACUCCAUGUUGUUCCGUCAGCUUCAGAGCGAACAAGUGCUCUGACCGAAAAUUCCCGUUGCAGCUCUCUGUGCCUGACUAGUAAAAGUUGUUGCAGAUUCCCCCUGAGUGUGUUGACCCUCCGGAAAAAGAUGGCAGACUACCGCGACGACAACGGAGCUCGGGCCCUGCUUGCAUUACAGUCGGCGCCGUGCAGCCCCGUGCGCGUCGCGGUGACCUCUCACUCCUAUCACCAGCCCUCGCUCGCCCUCCUGGGUCCUCCGAUAAUGGAAGCUCGCGGCCUUGUCGGUGGUUUUCCUGGAAGGCUCUCCUCGACUCCUCCGCAGGCCCUGGCGAGGCUCGAGGGCCGCGACUUUGAGUUUGUCAUGCGCCAGAGGACGGUCACCAUAGGCCGGAACUCGUCCCAUGGUUCGGUGGACAUCAACAUGGGUCACUCGAGUUUCAUUUCAAGGCGACACUUGCAGAUCACGUACGCCGAGGCGGGCGGCUUCUCCCUGCGGUGCCUGGGGAAGAACGGCGUGUUUGUUGACGGAGUGUUCCAGCGGAGAGGAGCGCCGCCGCUUCCGCUGCCCAGAGAGUGUGUAUUCCGAUUUCCCAGUACUGUUAUCAAGAUCCAGUUUACAUCGCUUCUGGAAAUUGAGGAUCACCGAGAGAAGGAGCAGCCCUCUCCUCCCCCUCGUCCGCUUCUGCCUCACAUUUCCCCCCUUAAAAUCAGCAUUCCCACUGCGCAGCAGCACGAAGAGCACAUCAGGGCGUUUGGCUCCCCGCUGCCGUCGCCCACCGGCACAAUCAGUGUUCCCAACUCCUGCCCUGCUAGCCCUCGAGGGGCAGGGUCAUCAGGGUAUCGCUAUGGACGCAAUGUGACCUCUGAUCUCCAGUUAGCUGCCGAAUACGCUGCCAAGGCUGUAUCUGAGCAGAGGCAAAGUCUUGCUGAGCACAGAGGUGGGGGAAGUGAGCAGCGUAUGGAGUUGGUGGGAGGAGACAGCCCCAAGGAUGAGUCCAAGCCCCCGUAUUCUUACGCACAGCUGAUAGUCCAGGCCAUCUCUUCGGCUCCAGACAAACAGCUCACUCUCAGCGGGAUUUACGCCCACAUCACCAAACACUACCCCUACUAUCGCACUGCAGACAAGGGUUGGCAGAACUCAAUCAGACACAAUUUGUCUCUGAAUCGCUACUUUCUGAAAGUGGCCCGCUCUCAGGAUGAGCCUGGAAAAGGAAGUUUUUGGCGAAUUGAUUCUGCCUCUGAGAGCAAGCUAGUGGAACAAGCCUUCAGGAAAAGACGGCAAAGAGGGGUGGCUUGCUUCAGGACUCCUUUUGGACCUUUGUCUUCAAGAACCAAGAGUGCACCUGCAUCUCCGACCCAUCAGGGGCUUCUGUCUCCAACAUCCAGUGGGCUGCAGACUCCUGAAUGUCUGAGCAGAGAAGGGUCUCCAAUCCCUCAUGACCACCAUGAGCAGCUGGCUAGCAAACUGGCAUCUGUGCCAGAGUAUAGGUAUUCUCAAAGCGCCCCAGGCUCUCCAGUCAGUGCCCAGCCUGUUAUCAUGGCCGCUCCCCCUUAUCCAACGGUUCUGAAGCCCAUACACAUGCUUCAAAGCGCCCCUCAGUCCUCUGUUACCAUGGUGCGGGUGGUAACCAGCGCCCCUCCAUCUUCCACCCACCCUAAUGGGUACAGCACUCUGACUGUUGGAGGAAUGGAGACAUCAGGAGACAUCUGGAACAGCGACAUCAGAGAAGCCCAGCAGAACAGAGAGUUGGUGAUCCAGACCUUAGACAGUGUGGUGCAGGGUGGAGAAGGACGCCAUGUCACCCCGGGUCUGCACCAACUUCCUGUCCGCGCUGUUACCCAGAAUGGCAAACACACCACUGCUGCUGUUUCCACAGUAACCAGCUUUGCUAAUUCAUCUGGCCUGAGCAGUCCUCUGCAGAUCCUGGCCGCCCAGGCCUCCAGCUCCCUUCCGGUGCUGGUGAGCAGGCAGCCCAGUGGAGAGGCUACUUGCGUGCAAGCAGGCGAGCCGCUAGCGAAGCGGCCAAAGAUGGAGGAUGGAGGAGAGACUGAAUCUGCUCAGCAUCAAGUUACAUCUGCUCAGCAGCCUGUUAUUGUUGCUAUGACGUCACAAACCCAUGAGCCCCGGCAAUGAAACCAGGGUCUUUCUCCAGGUAUCCAAUGGGCAUCUUCUGUCAUCUACUGAAUGUUUCACCUUUUUACAUAAAUGUGACUGGAGGUGCAGCCAGCUUGUUGGAAAGGAAAGGAAUAGACUUCUGUCAAAACCACAUAAAAUGUAUAUUUGUGCUACAUUUUGAAAAGCAAGUGAAUUGGUUUCCGUCAGUUCAUUUUUGGCUGAUCAAAGUAUAGUCAGGCCUAAUAUGCAAAAUGUUUUAGCACUACUUUAACCUUCUGAACAUUGGAGAUAUCUUCAAUGUGGCGUGCAUCAUGUGGUGUAACUCAAGCCAAAGACCCAAACUUGACUGCUAUAUUGGUUGGUAAGUGCCUGCUUUAAACAUGGAAACAUGGAGGAUAGAGAAGCCAUUGGAAGCUGUGAUAGAAUAAGAGAUGAGUUGGCAGCACAUACCCAAACCAGGCUUGUGACACCUGGGAUCCUGAGAUCAUGACUGUAGUUUUUUAAAAGAAGAGAUAUUCUUAGAUAGGGAAAUAAGACGGACGAAAAAAACAAAUGGGCUGUCUUAGAGAAAGAAAAGAUGGACAUUAAUCUUAAGGACAAGACCAGAAUGUAAUACCUCUUGCCUUCUCUGUAAAGCACAAAUGUAAAAAGCAGGAAAUCCAAGAAAGACAAGCCAACAGUUUCUCAGCAUGAAGCACUUCAGAUUCAGGUCGAUCAGAUUAACAAGGGCUGCAGCGACGUGCAGAGAAGGACAAUAAGAGGCAGCUAGUGGAGGUUGACUGAAGUGGAGAACUAACCUAAUGUAGACAAACUGAUUGUUUUUCAUUUGUUUGGUUUGUGUAGUGUACGGGCAGAAGUGAAACGGCCUCCGUGCAGAUUUGUUUUCACACGAAGAGGCAUUAUUGUAAUAAUCCUCAAAGCCUUAAAAUAUUUCUACUUUUCUGAAAUGUAUUUUGGCCUUUAGAUGGCUGUACCAUUUUAGAUUAACAUAGCGCUCUAACAGUACCAGAUUAGCAACACUACAACGGCAGCAGUAACGUCGCAUCAGUUUUCUUUAAGAGAAAAAACAAGGGGGGCGGGACCAACUCAUGACCAGAAACUUUAACUGUUCUUUAUUUUCCUUCUUUACGGUACUUUUGGCAUAUUCUGUACUUUCAGCUUGCUGUUCUCGCUCUCGUCAUUGACAGUUUUUCCUCCGUGAUUAAUCUCUUUGCAGUCUCCGCAGAGGCAUCACGCUGUCGGCAUUUCUUGUCGCAGAUGCUGCCUUAAUUAGAUUCUCUCUAGCACUUUCUCCCCCACUCUUGUCUCAUCCUCACUCUGCCUUUAGCGCCUCUGAAUGUCCUCGCACACGCUCAAGAUUCAGUGAUUGUUGUUGCACAAUAAGAAAGAUGGAUGCAUUAUGAUUGUAUGCUGCUCUAUCUGCUAAAUAACAAAGCUAAUUAGUUGUUUUUUUUCUUAUUUUGGAAACAAAUAUUUUGCUAUGUUUAAAAGCAGCUGUCAACAGGUAAAGAUGGAAGUAGAGGUAUAUGUAUUUUUUAAUGUCUGUUUUUGUGAUUUGUUAAAAUGUGUAGCACAGAUUAAAAUAAUUCUUAUUGACGUAAAA